AUGAAAGAAACCUUCACAAUAAAAGACGAAACGGUGGCGCACGGUGUCGCUCCACAGUUCAAGUUGCGUCACCGCGGCUUUUGAUUGAAUUGUUGUUGCGUCGGGUCCAUACAUAGUCACUUCAAGCCCCGGGGAGUGGUUUUGUGGAGCCCGUUAAAACGGUUUAGCCGACCGGCUGCUACAUUGAGCGAGGACAUGGAGAAGGGGACAGAGGAUGCAUUUGACCACGCCAGACUGGAGGUGAUCAAAGAUGGCAACAAGAAGGCCUUUGAGUGCAUCAACAAGGCGCUGACGGCCGACGAAGCCGGAGACAAGCAUCAGGCCCUGGAGCUCUACAGGAAGGGGCGGAAGCACCUCCUCAGGGCCAUCAGCGUGCCGUCUCAAGGGGCUGAGUGCGCGGGCAGCUCCUGGGAGUCGGCCCGGGAGAUGCAACAAAAGAUGCAGGAGACCCUGGACAACAUCACCACACGCCUCGCCGUGUUGGAGACUGCCGCCGAGAGCGCCGGCGCCGAGCACGGCGUCUACCCGCGACUCCCUGCCCGAGAUGAGCAAGUUAACCCCCCCCACGGAGGUACGCCCGCAUGCGGCGCCGUGGCUCUCGGGGAGCAGCCCCCGGCGUACUCCCCACAGGUGGCGGACGGCCACCUCUCCAUCUCGUACGGGACCGAGUCGGGCGAACUGUCGCUGGUGGGUGACGAUUUUUACAGUCGCACGUCCAGCGCCGCGUCGACCCCGCAGAGCAUGGGCGAGGAUGCGGAGGAGCUGCUGUGCAUCCCGCAAGGGGUGCAGAUAUUCUUUGUGAGCCCGGAGGGGCACGUGAGCGCCCCGUCGUACCCGGGCUACCUGCGGCUGAUCAAGUUCACCGAUGAUUGCCCCGGUCGACCACCGGCGUUUCUGGAGGUGUGCGACUGGCUGUACCCGCUCAUGGCGGCAAACUCGCCGGCCUUGCUGUGCAACACCGGCGUCUUCAUGUUCCCCGACAUGAUGGCGCCCACGCCGGGGAACUUUGUAGGCGUGGUCCUAUCGGCGGAGUUGCCCGCCGCUGACCGAGAGCUGUUUCGGGAUCUACUGGCUCAGAUGACCGACCUCAGAAUACAGGAUGAAGACGAGGCCGCCGAGCACGUGAAUCUGAGCAACAAAGUGUCCAUCCCCGUGCCCGGCGAGGAGCCGAACCAGGAGGAGACAGCGGGGGCGGCGGCGGAGGAUGACAAGAAUUUGCCCGAGUGGAGCGAGAAGGUGGCCCACGGGAUCCUGACAGGCGCAAGCUGGCUGAGCUGGGGUCUGGUCAAAGGAGCCGAGUUGACGGGCAAGGCCAUCCACAAGGGGGCGUCCAAACUGCGAGAGCACAUCACGCCUGACGACACGCCGGCUCACGUCAGCCCCACCGUCAGCAAAGGCCUCCACGUGGCCAAGCAGGCCACCGGCGGCGCCGUCAAAGUCAGCCAAUUUCUAGUGGACGGCGUGUGCGCCGUGGCUGGCCGUGUGGGGCGGGAACUGGCGCCGCACGUCAAGAAGCACGGAGGCAAGCUGGUGCCCGAGUCCUUGCGCAAAGACAAGGACGGGCGCUCCAACAUCGACGGGGCAAUGGUGGUGGCCGCCAGCGGAGUGCAAGGGUUCGCCACCAUGUGGACAGGUUUGGAAGUGGCGGCCAAGAACAUCACGACGAGCGUCGCGUCCGAGACGGUCACCACGGUGAAACACAAGUACGGCGCGGUGGCCGGGCAGGCCACAGACAACGCCGUCAACUCGGCCAUCAACGUGGGCGUGGCCGCCUUCAACAUCGACAACCUGGGCGUCAAAGCGGUGGUUAAGCGGACGGGCAAGCAAACGGCGCGAACCAUCCUGGAGGACUACAAGCUUCAGGACGGCGCCGACACGCACAAACAAGUAGAGAAAGCCAGCAAAUAGCCCGAGCCGCACACCGCCUACUCUUUUGCCUUAAAACAAAUUCUAGAUUGAUUCCUAUUUUUGAUGUGGACUGCUAAUGACCUAACAGAACUAACGGGACUUUGAUGUUACCUAUAGAGUUUAUUCCGUGAAAUAAAUAUGACGUAAUAUAUAUUGGAUAGUUUUCUAUAAUCAAAGUCAUUGGUUAUACUACUGACCACUGUGCUGCAACUACUGUGUGUAAUCUCUUGAAGCGAUCCAAAAUGGAUCUUUUCCAACCAAAGAUGCGAAGCUCGUAGCCAUUUUGAGUCAAUAUUAACGUUGAAACGGCUUAUUGUGAAUGUUGAUGAUUUGAUAAGCCGCCGUUAUUUCCAAGUGUCGACAAUAUAAGGUGUGUCUAAAACAUGGAAUGCUGCUCCUACUCGAUAUCUGACGCUGCUCGAGCGUUUGAGAAAAUCUUUCGCAAGGUUUCCUCGCUAACUUCAAAUUACCAAGUCAGCAAAUGAUGGGGGGGGGGGGACAAUAAGUAGAUUGUGCCUUUCCCAGCCAACUGGGCGUAAUGAAAUAAAAACAUCAUCUUGGUCCCAGGACAUUGUGACUCUCAAGGAAUGUUGUGCAAGGGUUAUGUAAAAAGAGAUGUACAGAAAUGAAGGUUAUAUUUCCUAAUUUAUGUGAAAUUUAUUAAAUAUAUUGAGCAUCCUGA